CAACCUCUCUGGUCUUGCUUCUGUCUCUGCUUACCCGACCUCAUCCAAUUUUUUUUUUCUUUUUUUACCUUGGGACGAUAACGACAUCUUCACUACCACCCGAGAAGCACCUCUCUCCAAUCUUUUUUCCACACCUCAGAUACUAUCAGCAACCAUGUGCAACUACAUAUACACGGAACUCAAGUGCCAGCACCACUACCACCUGGUAGAAUCAUGGUGCCCCAAAUAUAUUCGGACUGAGCGACGAUGCGUUCCCUCAAUUGUGAGCAAACAGAACUGGGGCGACGAUAUCUGUGCUGCUUGCCGCGAACGCCAGACACAUAGCAACCACCCAUGGGCAAAGCUCAUCCGCCGGCCAGAAUCUCGAUCGGUUCCACAGGCGCGAGUUCCUGCCCGAUAAAUCACCAUCACCUAGAAGCCCAGGACCACAACACACAACUCAGCAUAUU